GCUGCAGGUUGAGCUGUCAAAAGAGGGACCGUCCCUCUGAAAAAGGGACAGUUGGGAGGUAUGUUUCAUUGCCAAGUACAAGGGGCAGAGACUAGUUCACAAUAUAAUGGAGUCCUGUAGGCACAGAGAGUGUUCACCACAGAAGUAAAACAGAAACAAAAUGGCAGCAAAGCCAAAAUCCACUUCCCUGACUGAGGUCAGUUUAUAUAAUCAUUUUCGUUAUUCCCCUAGCCCCUGGAUUGUGUGAAUAAAAUACUUUCUUUCAUUGCAAUAACAUCUCUGAAGAAAAUACCCCUUGGAAAUGACACAUUAGCGGGUUUUUCGGUGGAACAGCUGAUCCGCCCUCAAAAGAAAACUGGAUCCAAAACCAUCAUCAUAUUCCUCCCAGCGGCCAAUCAAUUCCACCUUAACCCAUAAAGGAACCGAGUGCAGGAAAUGCCCCCGCUACUGUGCGGCCUGCAAGGAGCUGUCUAAUGAGACCAAUCAGGGACCGGCUUUCAUGGCAACUUUUAAGGAGUCUCUGGCGAGCGUGUGAAGUUUUCCCUGGCAGGAAACAGGCUUGUGAGGAAGAAUUGCUGGUACCUUUGUGCGGGCUGCAGGCAGGAUACAGAGCAGGGGAAGGACAUGCGCUCUGAGCCUUCUCACUCCCACAGGCAGGAAACCUACAGGAAAGAGCGAGUUGCUGCGGCUGCAGCUGCCUAAAGCCACAGGCUCCGCGCUGGACCGACAAACCAGGCACAGCGUUUGGGAACAACCGGGAGGAAAGAUGGCGACGCUGGGAAGCGAUUGUCAGCCUUUAUGUGCCCUCUCCGGCAGCGUUCUGCUCCCACCCCAGCACCAGUACAGCGCUGCCAGCGGGGUCACCAACUUCAGCCUCAAACUGCCGGUCAACCGGGGACUGGGACGAGCUCUGGAGGAGGCUGCCAGCUCGGGGCUUCUGAAUGUCAGUGCCAGGAAGCUGAAGGAAUUUCCCCGAACUUCUGGGAGCCCAGACCUGUCGGACACGGUGCGGGCAGAUUUUUCAAGAAACAGGUUGACUGAAGUUCCUGUGGAAGUGUGUCGGUUUGUGUCACUGGAAGCGCUGAAUUUGUACCAUAACUGUAUCAAAAUGAUUCCCCAUGCCUUUGUAAAUCUGCAAAUUUUGACAUAUUUAAACAUUGGUCGGAAUCAACUUUCCUCUUUGCCGGCCUGCCUAUGUGGUCUUCCUCUUAAAGUUCUUAUUGCAAAUAAUAAUAAACUUGGUUCCCUGCCAGAGGAAAUAGAUCAGCUGCAGCACCUGAUGGAAUUGGAUGUCAGCUGCAAUGAAAUCGCAUCUUUGCCACAGCAAAUUGGUCUCCUGAAAUCUCUUAGGGACCUGAAUGUACGAAGAAAUCAUUUAAAGGCCCUACCUCAAGAAAUUGUUGAUCUUCCAUUGGUGAAAUUGGAUUUUUCAUGCAAUAAAGUGCUGGUUCUUCCACUUUGUUUUAGAAAAAUGGUGCAAUUGCAAGUAUUAAUACUUGAGAACAACCCACUCCAGUCUCCUCCUGCACAGAUUUGUAUCAAGGGCAAAGUACAUAUAUUUAAAUAUUUAAGCAUGCAAUCUUGCCAGAUGGAAAAAACUGGGGAUGGAUUUUAUCUUCAUUCUUUAGAAAGACCAAAUCUGCCACAGCAUAUGGAAGAAAGUAGUAUUGAAGACAUCUUCCCAACAAAAAAGGAUUCGGACUCGGGUGUUGGCAGUGAUAGCGGUGAGAAGCGUUUAUCUGCAAUAGAGCCUUAUGAUGAAGAUUCUACAAGCCCAAGUGUGCCAAUGUCGGAUAUCUUGGAAGAGGAUAACCUUCUGAAAGAAGAUAUUGUUGAACAACACUUGAACAACACACUGCAAGUUGGAUCGCCGCAGAAUUGUCCCUUGGGUGCUACUGACAAAUCAUACCAGAAUGAAUCAAAGAGACUCCAAAUACAAUAUCUGCAGUAUGAGGGGAGAAGAUCAGAGUUUGAUGAACCUUUGCAAAUUCAGGAGGAAUCACCUUGGCUAAUACAAAACACGAGAAAUGCUUCAGAAAAGCAGGAGCUCAGUGCAACAAUGAUAGACCAACUGAGAGAAGCAGUUGUUAUGCUGCAAGAUCCAACAAGGUUAAGUUUGGAAAUUGGAGACACCCAAAAUGUGUACCGUUUAGAAUGUGUUCCAGAAUCUGCUUUGAAUAAUACAUCAGUGAAUGGACAAGUAGAACUCCAGAUGUCUCCAAUCUUACAGGUAAAUGACAUGAUUAUCGAAACACCGGCAUCACAAGAUUCCCCUCAAGAGACUGAAAAUAGCACCCCAACGCUAUCACCCGUACACAGCACAGUUGCCUUUGGCCUUAAACCUCGAUCUGACCCGUCCCUCACUCUUCCUCCUAUCUCCUUCAACAAACUUACACAGGCACAAAAUUGGGACAGCAAUAACAUGGAUAUCUCAGCAGAAGGAGGCAUUGACAAUGUCUUCAUCAGACCACAGAGGAAUCUGGAAGCAGUAGAUCCUCAGUUCACAAUACGAAGAAAAAUGGAGCAAAUGCGAGAAGAGAAAGAGCUGAUAGAUCAUUUGCGAGAGAAUAUUGAAGUCAGGCUAAAGAUGGGCCUGCCUAAUGACUUGGGACCAGCUCUAAUGGAUGGGGUUGUUCUAUGUCAUUUAGCUAAUCAGAUCCGACCUCGGUCAGUGGGGAGUAUCCAUGUGCCUUCACCAGCUGUGCCAAAACUUAGCAUGGCCAAAUGCAGAAGAAAUGUUGAAAACUUCGUAGAGGCUUGUAGAAAAAUGGGAGUACCCGAGGAAAAACUGUGUUUGCCGCAUCAUAUCUUAGAAGAAAAGGGUUUGGUAAAAGUGAGUGUUAUGGUCCAAGCACUUAUAGACGUAACCACGACCAAACAGGCUUUAUUUCUAUAAAAGAAGGUGAUGCCGUUGGGUGUGACUGUAGCACUUGCUCCUUAUGGGAGACAACAAGCAGCUCCUGUCUAAAGACUACACACAGCAGACAGGCUGACACCAAACAAAGCUCCCAAUGGAUCAGCUGGACUGGAAGGCAGUAUUCUGCUUCUGCACAAAACUGUCACCUCUUCCCAUCCCUUGAUGUAACUGCCAGUCUGAACGAGGGAAAGGCACCGGGUUCAUUUUUGCCUCUCUCCGAAAACCAGUAUUGCAAACAGAACAUGAGGAGCUACAGUCAGUGUGUGAUACACAUCCAUACACACUCACACACACACACACACUACAAGGACACUUUUAACACUUGCUGGUCUAUAAAUAUAAAAGGAAACCCCACACGGUCUUAUAGAUGAAGUUUUUGGAUGCAGCACAGUUCUUGGUCUGUGGCUUAGGCCCUGACUGGUUUUUCCACCAGCAAAAGAAAACCCAGGAAAGUGCUCUCCCUUGGCACACGUUGGUAGUGGGUGGGGUGAAGGCUCUUGAAUCUAUUGCUGCCUGGCUGUUCAUAAUACUAAAGUUCCAGUAUAUCUCCUCUUGGAGAGUUACAGUUCAGCAGCAGCUGUCCUAAGCAUAAGGUAUUUCACAGAAUCCAAAUUUUUUCUACUAUAUUGUCUGCUAUGUAUUGGUUUUUUUUGCAGAUAUCGCCAUGGUCCAUACCCUGUGGCUGAAUCCCAACUCCCAGAUGGUAUUGGUCCCUUGGGUGCUGCCUGGGGGUUGUAAGUGAACAGCUGAUGCUGCACAGGUUCUGACCAAUAUAUAAACUCACAGCUCAAUUGCACAUUAGCACACUGCUUACUAUUACGGGGCCAGACAGUUGGCUUCAAACACUUGUGGAGUAAAUGUAAGGGACAGGGCAGCCAUAUGUAAUGUGUUUAAUGCAUUUAUUGGCAUUUGUUUUAUUGGUAAAAGCUGUGAGCAAGUGGCUAAUAGGGGUAACAUGGGUGGAUGAGUUUGCCUCUGUAUAACAAGAUCAGUGUCUGUUUGAGGCAUUAACUAAGCCAUAUAUGUAUAUGAUGAAGGCCAUUUAAUGCAAUUUUCCUUCUGUGGAUGAGUACAGUACAUCUGGGGGUUCAGAUAAUCGCUUGUGAGCUACAUGAGCUCUGUCCAACCCAUGUCCCGUUUGAUACACAAUCCCCAGCAUCCAUAGCCAACAGAUGGGAAGCAAGUUUAAUAACUUAUUUAACAAAUGCCUUAAUUUGCAGAGCACAGAAAACAAAUUAUUGGCAGGAAAGAAGUGGUGGUUUGGGCAAUAGACAUCCCAUGUUUUUGAGAUGAGCUUUAAGGUUUUUCAGUGGGUUCCAGUGUCUAGUUCAUCCAUGUGAUUCUGUUCCAUGGAGAUGAAGGACAGCAAAGCUGAGUGUAUUAGAAGAUGUGUGGGUUUCCUCAUUCAGUGUUAGUCCCUAGUGCUACAGGGAUGUUGGCCCAUUUACGACAUCUGAAUAUCAGGUUCUAUGUGCAGAUGGCACAGGGCUCCCACUAUAAUCAUAUACAUCAGUUCAGCCUUAUUCUCUAUUUAUGUGAAUAAUAUUUAUUAGGGAACAUAUUCAUCCUUUUUGGGUGCAAACUGUACAUUAGGAACAUAUCCUUUAUUACUGCUUUUUUGUGGUCCAUUUGUGUCACAUAAGACAGGUGGGAAGCACUAAUAGCUGAUACUGGAUCAAUAGCCGGAGCUGUCUUAAGGGGCCCCUGACACUUCAAAUACUGGGGUCCCACAGAGCAACAGAUGUAGCUAGCAGAAAUAAGGCACAUUAGGUAUAUUAGCGGUGACAAUAAGACUUUAUAUAAGAUGGUUCUGGCCACAGAUUCUACUGAUGGUUAAUUGGUCCCUCCUUCAGCUACGUUUUAUGGAAGCUAGGCGUGAUAAAAGGUUUAAGCAAAUCAUUAGGACAGACAAAAGUUGACAGACCACCCUAGACAACAAGUGCCAGAGCAGGGGUGGGGCAGGUUUUGUGCUUGAAGGUGAAGUUCAACAACUUGAAUGGCCUCCAAUUGCUUGGUAUAUAGGGCAUCCAUUAUAGCAUAUGCCAUGGGUAAACAUUGUAAUUCAAAUAAAUUAUGAUUGCUUCUGCAUAAAACAUGGAUGUACUAUACACAGAAGGGUACUCCUCAUUGCACACCAUUUAAGAUUCCAGCAGCAAAGUUCUAAAUGGAGAUACUGCUUGUCACCCUCCCCCAGGGGAUUGAUAGUGAGCAUGGGGGCUUUUCUUUCUUCCCCUUAAUUUCCUUUGUAUCUCGGGUUCUUAAUAACCUGGAAUGUAUCUGUAGAAAUGAGAAUGUUGAUAAUAUACCUCAGACCACAAGUCACUGCCUCUAGUUCUAUAAAAUGGAUAUUAGUUGCUUGGUCUGUAUGAGAAGCUUCACAACCCAACACCUUCCCAUAUGCACCAGAGACACAAUGGGACGGACUAUUCUCCAAAUGUUCAUCAAGUCUUAUUGAAGGGGAGAGCUUAUUUCAUAUUAAUAUUACCUGUAAAUAAUGAACAUGUUCAAUUCCCUCUCGCAGCCAAAUCAUCUUUGUGUGUUUGUGGUUUCCAGCAAGUCAUUUCACUCUAUGUACAUGUUCUGUACAACUGAUCCAUUGCAAUACAACCAGCAAUAUCCUAUAAAGCACAAGUGAUACACAUAUCCCUACGCUCUUCUGAUAUUCAUGCACUCCCACCAAAAGCAAGAGAAUCUUUCUCAUUUUCUUCACUUAUUUGAUGAGUGGUGGGUUUUAUUGUGUUUUACCAAGUGUACACUGAUCUGAGUCUGCCCUAUAGGUCUGUAGCUAUGGGAGUGGAUAAUCGUGCUAAAUGUAAGUAGAUGGUUUGUUCUUUUCUCUACAUUGUGUUAGUGUCCGGUACUGUUGGUACUGACCCAUAAGGAAGAUGAGUUGAAACUUACAUGGCUCUGCAGGGGAAACCCCAACCCUUCAUAUCAAUACAAGUAUAUACACUUGAGAAUGAUGCCUUACAGUGUAUACAUUUUGUGAUUAGCAGGGAUCUAGUCUGAUUUUAAAGACAGAUAUGGGACCUCUUAUCCAGAAUGCUCAGGCCUGGGGUUUUCUGGAUAAUGGAUCUUUCCGUAAUUUGGAUCUUCAUACCUUAAGUCUACUAGAAAAUCAUGUAAAUAUUAAUAAACCCAAAAAGAUGGUUUUACUCCCAAUAAGUAUUACUUAUAUCUUCGUUUGGCUCAUGUACCAAGUACUGAUCCAAAGUAUUGUUACAGAGAAAAAGGAAAAUUUGGAUUAUUUAAUUAUUAUGGAGUCUAUAGGAGACAGCCAUUCUGUAAUUCAGAGCUUUCUGGAUAACAGAUCCCGUACCUGUAUAAAUAGGUUCUCCGUAAGAACAUGAACAACUAUGGGAGGGAAAUGGCCAUUUCUAAUGGAUAUGUUAAGGAACAUACAGUUGUGUUCAGAAUAAUAGCAGUGUGUUUAAAACAGCGAAUAAAGCUCAAAACCCUUAUAAUAGCUUUUAUUUCCAUACACACAAAUGCAUUGGGAACUCUGCACUUCCUAUUCCAAAGCAAAACAUGAAAAAACAUUUAUUAUAAUUUUGUUAUUCUUUUAGAGAAAGUGGAGAAAAGGGAAUAUUCGGCUGUUCCAAAAAAAAAAAAAAAGCCCAGGUUGAAGAGCAUUGGUGCAGACAGCAGGGAGUGUGUCAGAGGAUGCAGGUCCUUACCAGGUUUCAAAUCCCCUCUGCCAACCCUGCUAUAAACUGAUAGGUAGUUACACCAUGGAAUAAAGAAAUAUACUAGGGCAUAGCAUAAAGUAACAAGUAUGCACAAUUUAAACCUGUGAUCUGAUGGGGAGUGAAUGUGGAUGGGGAGUAAGUGCAGGCAUGAAUAAAAUAAUGGUAGAGAACAAAUUCAAUCUGGUGACUAUAUGUAGAUAGCAAGGAUUGCUCCCAGUCUGGUCUGGAUAAUAUCAGUCAGUAGUAGAAUAUUUUACUAGGCUUCCAUUGUAACAUUAGUCCCAUACACCUAAUAAUACCAAUGGUGUUACAUAUCUCUGCUAUCAAUUCCAGCGCUACUAUAACAGCAUCAAUAAGUACGACUAAACUCGAUUUCCCUUUGGUGUAGAGUAAAGGCUGAUGGUUUGGAAAUGCAGCACUCAGGGCCGGAUGUACAUAGUGGAUGCCCCUAGGCCCACUACUGCUCCUCUCCCCUGUCCCCUCUUUAUCCAUGCAUACUUCAUCUGGUCUGGAGCAAUGGGGAUUGGCACAUGGGAAAUUUAAAAAAUAGUUUUAUCUCCAGCGCAUCCCCAGUGUUUUUGAACCAAUGUGGGUGUGGUUGGGCAGCAUAAGCCCAGGCCUAGGUGGCCUUUCCACAAAUCCAGGCCUGGCAGCACUUAGUGAAUAUACAGGAGCCGUAGCGCAGAAUAGAGUUCAAUAGCUUUUACAAUCACUGACUUGCUAUAAAACACUUCUGCACAACUGCUCUUUAUUGAAUUCAUAUGAGAUGUGUAUCCGCUGUAUCAGCCGCAGGAAACAUUCAUACAAAUGUAUUGACGUAUAUAUGUUUCCACAUUGUGCACCUGCAGAUCAGAUAUAUAUAUAUAUACUGUAUAAAGGACAAGACUAGAAUUGGCAGCUGUGUUUUUCUGUGGAUUCCACUAUGUGCACUGAUGUCCCGUGUGACAGUAAAUAUAUCAGUGACCCAGGGUCAUGGAUCCAGAGAUGAAUGGGUUACGGUCCAUAAGAAGAGAAGCUGAAUGUAGGCAAACACUGACAAUGACUAAAUUAAAGGAAACAUGCAUUUCUCAGACAUAUUUUUUUUACCUGUACAUAGGACAACUGUAAUGAUUUCGUUGGAUAUUUCCUUUAGGCAAAAUAAAUGGAUUGUGUUAAAAUCAUCUUGCUGUAAAAUAAAGAGAGCUUUAAAUCA